AUGUCCUUCCUUACCUCAGCUUCUUCCACUUUUUUCUUUCUCUCAAUAACAACACUCCUCUGUUUUUCAGGUACAACAAAACCCGACACCCCGUGCCCGUAUCCAUGUUACCCACCACCCUUAGGAAGUGGAACCGUCACUCCUACAAAUCCAACACCUUCGGUUUCAACAGUUCCACCGGCACCACCACAAUCUGGUGUAUUAUCUUAUCCACCACCUUCUGGUUAUUAUCCUUAUAAUCCAACACCACCUUACGGCGGCAAUAACAACGGUGGUGGUGGUGGUGGUGGUGUUUAUGGAACUCCACCACCACCUGAUCCUAUUCUACCUUACUUUCCAUUCUACUACAAAAAUCCUCCUAACAAACCUGAUGACUCUCCAGCAUCAUCUAUCACUAAGGGGAAGAAAUUUAUGGGAAUGAUUUUCACUACUAUUAUGUUAUCUUUAUUUCUUGUUUCUGGUUUUGUAUAA